AUGCAGGAAGGCUCGAGUCUAAUCAAUAAUCCUAACCUAGAAAAUGGAACCGAGAUUUCACUCCAGACUUUCUUAGAAAAGAAACCUCUCGGAACAGUCAUAAGGAGUAAGAUUCUCAUUGAAAGUAGCAUUUUUAAUGUUUACUACUUCCUUACAGAAGAUAACUGUAAAGUGUUCAGGGCCAAGAGGUGUCUAAGCGGAUUUGAGAUUUUUGACAGUAAUAAUGCUUUCAUUUGCAAAAUGAGAGCUAAUAUUUUUGGCACGAAAUACUCAGUAAAGCACACAAAUAAUAUAGAAAUUAAAUAUGAAUCGUCAUUUCUGGAGAAAGGAAAACCAAGGAGCUUCAAAAUAAAAAUAGACGAGUUGGAACUUGUAAAUAAAAAGCCAUACUUCAACACAGAAACUAAUAGCUUUAGUCUUAAUUUUAGUGGACGAGUGACUAAGCCUAGUGUGAAGAAUUUUCAGAUUAUUCAUCCGUUAGAACCAACUUAUAUCACACUUACGUUUGGAAAAGAAGAGCAAAACUCGUAUAUUUUAGACUUCACAUAUCCCUGGUCGGCAUUGAAUGCAUUUUGUGUUGGUCUUUCAGCAUUAGACCAUAAGUAUGGCUGUGAUUAA